AGUGGAUGAUACAAGUCCUUGCAAGAGCAAUUACAAAAUCUGCUGAACUGCACAAUUAACAUACACCAAUAUGACAUCACCACAAGAAAAGCACACUUUACCAAUGCCAGAAAACCAUAGCCCGGAGCAGAAAACAAGAAGCGAGAGAGCAAGUUAUAUCUGAAAACAAGCACUACUACGAAACCCUUCUCAACAUGGCAAACACCACAUCAGAAACUAAGACAAACAGCAGCUCCACCCAUAAUCCAGAACCAAGCAACUAACUAUAGUGAUCGCCCUUGCUUAAAAAAAAAAAGAAAACUUUACAUAGAUCAACGAGUAAGCAUUGGACCUCACCCCAAGUAAGAAAACGAUCCAUCAAACCUUGAAAAAGCUUUAGACACCAUCACUUAUCAGUAGAUAAGAAACCUAAAACAGAGCCAACACCAGCAACACCUUAUCAAGACCAACAGCCUAGAAAAAAUCUCAAUGGAACCGAUAUCAAACGAAACUCAAUGCCAUAUCGGCUCCCAUAAAACUUUCAAACCACCCCACUGUAGCUCUUAAGACUGACGAUAACCAUACUUUAAAAUCACCAAAGCAUCCACUUCGAGAGACACCUUCAACCAUAACACAAUGAAUAGACUCAAAUUCAAUUCUAUAAUCACAACAUACAAAAAAAGACAGAAGCCAUAUUCAAUAAAAUAACAGCCUCAACCAAUCAGUAGGCCCAUAAAAGGCACAAAACACCAUAAUGCAUCAUCCAACCUCAACAACAUAGGGUUUGUUUAUCAUGGUGUUAUAAUCAAUAUUGGGUUCAAACCCACUAUAAGUAUAUUUUUAUUGAUUUUUAUUAUCUAGAAGAGUAGAUAUUAUACACGAACAUUUUAGUUAUUAGAUAUUUGUAAUAUUAAUGGUAAGGAUGUUGACAUGUGUCAACAAUUCAAUGGCCGCUAAACCUUAUAAAUAGGGAUAGUAGUUUUCAUUUCUGGUACCUAUGUGCAACAGAGAAGUGUGUGUCAUAUUGUAAUUGUAUUGUGCAUUAAUAAAGUGUUCUUUCCUCUUAUAAUUGUAAGUCCCGGCUAAGCCUUAGUUUUCUAAGCACUUAGUGCACUUGAGGAGUUAGCUUCUAUAUAUGGUUGGUUCUACAGUUUGAAUGAUAUAUGAUCGGCUCUGCCGCUUGAAUAAUAUAUGAUCAGCCCUGUUGCCUUAGUAUUAUAGUGCAUUAAGAAGUUAGAAAAUAAAAGGUUAACCGGCUCAAAAAAUUCGGUGUAAUAUUUCUUGUAGGUCUUAGGUCUUCUAUAAUGGGUGUGUUGGGCUCAUCGAGUUCCCAACAACAAAUUUUAGGAUGUUUAUUCCUAUGGAUUUAGUUUUCUCCUUAUAUAUGGUUGACAUUAGUUUGCUUUUACAGCAAGUUAUGGAAACGCGUUGAUAUGCUGAAGUCAGAAGAACUUGCAAAAGGAAUUCAAGAUUGUGUGAUGAAAAUUGUUAAGCAAAGAGAAGACAAAUUUGUGAAUGGAGAAGCUGACAGCUUUGGCAAUGAUUUUUUAGGAUUACUUGUAAAUGCAUAUCAUGAUUCGGAUGAAAAUAACAGGCUUUCAAUGGAAGACUUGGUAGAUGAGUGCAAAACAUUCUACUUUGCCGGACAAGAAACUGUUAAUUCCUUACUUGCUUGGAUAGUCUUGCUUUUAGCAACUCACGGAGAUUGGCAGGAUAAAGCUAGAAGAGAGGUGAUUGACAUAUUCGGUAACCGAAAUCCAGAUUCCAAAGGCAUUUCUAAACUCAAAACUAUUACUAUGAUUAUUUAUGAAACACUAAGAUUGUAUGGUCCAUCAAAUGGCUUGCAAAGAAGAGUUACAAGAAAAGUUCAGUUGGGAAAGCUAGUCUUGCCUGCUAAUAUAGAUAUUCUGGUUCAAAAUAUUGCACUUCACCAUGAGCCUCACCAGUGGGGAGACGAUGUACAUCUUUUUAAACCAGAGAGAUUUGAAGAAGGGAUUGCCAAAGCUACCAACUACAAUGCAGCUGCAUUUUUUACCUUCGGAUUGGGACCUCGAUCUUGUAUUGGUAUGUCCUUUGCAAUCACGGAAACUAAGGUUGCAAUCUCCAUGAUUCUACAACGCUACACCAUUACCCUCUCCCCUACCUAUGUCCACUCACCAAUGCCUAUUCUCGCCAUUCGACCACAACAUGGAAUUCAAGUAAUACUUGAGUCACUGCAUAACAAUGCUUAAAGUACACAAUAGCUAAGGGACUUGAGGUUUAACUCAAUUUGUUUAUGUAUUCACCUUUAGGUGUUAAAAUUUAAUAUAUGUGGCACUUUUAACAUUAGUAACCCCUUCCUAUUCCUAUGCUAUACCCUACUCAACGCAAAAACAUGGUAAAACAUGCAAUCCAUAAAUAUAUAUAUAUAUGUGUGUGUGUGUGUAUGUGUGUUUCAGUAUUGUUGAUCAAUAUAUAAUUUUUAC